UCUAUUGACUAAUUAAAAAAAACAAAAAUGUUUGUCUAUUUAAGCAAAAAGAUUGCAAUUCCCAACAACAACAAAGUUCGGGCACUGGCCUGGAGUCGGGAUCACGGUUUUAUUGCCUGCGGCGGCGACGAUGGACUACUAAAAGUAUUGAAACUCGAGUCGAUGGCCGCCGCCGCCGCCGAUGGCGGCGACACCACUGCUGGUGGUGCUAAAAGUGGUGCCAAAGGUUUGGCCGCUUCAAAGAAUCUAUCGAUGAAUCAGACACUGGAAGGCCAUUCGGGAACCGUUGAAAAUCUUUGUUGGAACGAACCGUUUCAGAAGUUAACGUCAAGCGAUCAAAACGGUCUGAUUAUUGUUUGGAUGCUUUAUAAGGGUUCGUGGUUUGAAGAGAUGGUCAAUAAUAGAAACAAAUCGGUAGUAAAAGGUAUGUCCUGGACGUUUGAUGGACUAAAAAUCUGUAUCGUCUAUGAAGACGGCGCUGUUAUAGUCGGUUCGGUUGACGGCAACCGUUUGUGGGGUAAAGAACUUAAAGGUAUGAAGUUAUCGCGUGUCGAGUGGUCACCCGAUGCCCGACUGAUAUUGUUCGGUGUUCUCGAUACUGAAGUACACAUCUAUGACCAAAACGGUAACUUUCUGACAAAACUGACUCUACAGGCCAUACAUGGAAUCUAUGGCCGUACGGCUGGCUACGGGACUACCACACAGAUUAUGGGCAUCGAAUGGUUCAAUGGACGGCCAAAUUCCAGGGACACAACAUCGUUGGCCAUUGCUUUCGAAAACGGAAGAAUCCAAUUGAUGAGACACGAGAACGACGACAAUCCUAUUGUCUUUGACGCCGAUAUACGUAUAUCGAGUAUCUGCUGGAAUACCAAUGGAUCCAUUUUGUCGGUAACCGGUUGUAUGGACACUGAAACGGAUAACAAACGUAAUUAUAUUAAAUUCUACAAUCAAUCGGGAGAUUUGAUUCAAUCGAUGCGAGUGCCGGGAAAAGAGAUCUACGGUUCUUCGUGGGAAAGGGAGAGUCUGAGGAUUGCACUGGCAGUCGAUUCCUAUAUAUUCUUCGCUAAUAUACGACCCGAUUAUAAGUGGUGCUACUUUGCAUCGACAGUUGUCUACGCUAUGAUCAUCAACAAUACCAGUGGCCAACAGCAGCAACAACAACAACAACAACAGCUACAAACCGAUGAGACGGUAGCGGCCGCCGGCAGUACUGUCGAUACGGUUAUCUUUUGGCACAUUCCCAGCGAAACCAAAUAUUUCAAAAGUGUCCGAAAUCUGCUACAAAUUGCAUCCCACGGACAACUGUGCGUAAUCGCUACCCGAACUGAGGAAAUGGGCGGAUCUCCGAAAACCAAGGAGACAUCAUCGCUGAUAAUAUGCAACGCUAUCGGAACACCAGUCGAUAUGACUACCAUUGAACUGUCGGUACAUUAUCUGUCCAUUAAUAGUACAAGAGUUAUCGCUUCAUCGAAAGAUUCGUUUUGUUUGUGGAAAUUCAAGACUCCGGCGGCCAAUACUAAUACACCGAAAGGUAUUGCCGCUCAGCGUAUGACUUAUACGCAAAUUGGUCGGACAGGCGAUGAUCUAGACUUGGAUGACCAGACAGUAAAGAUAACGUUUGUGUCGCGUAACGAUCCGAUUGUUUGCAUCAGUUUAUCCGAAAAGAAUCUGAUCGUUGCUCAAGAUUCGGGUACUUUUCAACACUAUUUGUUACCGAAUCUGAAUGUUGUCCACAAGUUUAACAUCAAUUGUGUGGCCACUAGAAUGGCCUUCAAUAGGGAUUCGACUAAACUGUCGAUUAUCGAUAAAAACGGUACUCUAUUUAUCUAUGAUUUUGAGGCCAACACCGGCAACGAUCUAAGUGGACAGUUAGUAGAGUUUGAAAAACAUGACGUCUGGGACACGAAAUGGUCGUUCGACGACACAGAUGUGUUGGCAUUUACCGAAAAAACUAAACUCUGUGUCUAUAAUAUGAAAACGGGUGAAUCGGAAGAGCCGUUUAUGUCCAGCGGACACAUCUGUACGUUCAAUGAUCUAACAUUGAGAACAGUACUACUCGACGAACUGGUCAACGAUUGUCAUCAAACAGACGAACCAAUUAUGGUUAUUAGCGGUCAUAUUGUCGACUAUGAGACCAAAUCGCUGGCCGAAGCGCGACAAUUGCUCGAAAAAGUCGAGUUAAGCGAAGCCAUCGAAUAUAUUGAACAACAAUCACAUCCGCGAUUGUGGCGUCUGUUGUGUCACACGGCUCUCGACAAACUCGACCUCAAUGUCGCUGAGAUGGCAAUGAUUAGAUGCAAGGACUAUAAGGGCAUACAGUUUGUCAAACGUGUCAAACAAUUGACCAGUGAUUCGCUAAAACGGGCCGAAAUUUAUGCAUAUAGUGGUCAGUUUGACGAAGCGGAACGCGUUUAUUUGGAUAUCGAUCGCAAAGAUCUGGCCAUUGAAUUAAGGAAAACAUUGGGCCAAUACAAGCGAGUGGUUGAACUGUUACAAUCGGGAUUCGCUACCGCCGAUGACAAUCAAUUGCGUGACGCACUGUGCAAUCUGGGCGACCAGUUUGCCGAUAAUCAUUGUUGGGACGAAGCAGUUGUCUACUAUGAAAGAUCCAAUGCAUUUGAUCGGCUAUUCGAGUGCUACUGUUUGCUGGAAAACUACGAUGGCCUGAGAAAGUUGAUGACCAACUUCAACGACAAUCAUCCGAUUCUUGUCGAAUUUGGCCGAGUCUUUGAAUCGGUCGGUAUGUGUUCGGAAGCGGUAGAAGCCUAUCGCAGGGGCCGUAAGAUUGAUUUGGCCAUCAGUUGUUGUGUAACAAUGAGCGAAUGGAAACUGGCCAUCGAUAUGGCACACGAUUACGAUGUACCCGAUAUUGAUCCGCUUUUGUCCAAAUAUGCCCAACACUUGUUAGCUAAGAACAAGUUCUUCGAUAUCGUCGAACUCUACAAGAAGGCCAACAAAAUACCGGAGGCGUCGACAAUGUUGAUCAAAGUUAUCAGUGAUUAUAAAAAAGAUGACAACAAAUCCGAUCCAAUACUGUUGAAAAAGUUGUAUACUUUAGUUGGUUUACUACACGAAGAAAGUCGCAAAUCGACGGCCAAAAUGCCGUCCUCGUCGUCGUCGGCGGCCAUCAACCGAAAUGUCAGUUCGUUGAAUGCGCUGUUGAAUGACGAAUCGUUUUCAUUUGAAAAUACAAAUUAUAUGAUUUUAGACGAACCGUGGAAAGGUGCCGAAGCCUACCACUACUUGAUCCUAUGUCAGCGACAACUGUACGAAGGCUACUAUGAUUCGGCUAUGAAAACGGCAUUACAUUUGCGUGAUUACGAAGACUUUAUAGACGGCAAAGAGAUAUACUGUUUGCUUGCACUGACCAGUUGUGCCAACAAAGCCUUUUCCAUUUGUUCCAAGGCGUUCAUCAAACUGGAAUCGAUGGACACCAUCGGCGAUGAUCAUCGAAUCCAAUACGAAGAACUGGCAAUCAAUAUAUUCAGUAAGAAUCCGCCAAAAGAUUCGCGAACGGCUACGAAAAGUGAGUGCACUUAUUGCGAGACAAUGAUCGCCGAUUGGCUGACAGUGUGUCCCAGUUGUCACAUCAAGUUUGCCAUAUGUGUGGCCAGCGGUCGACCGAUUAUGGACGCCAGCAAACAGUGGACGUGUAACCGAUGCGGACAUCAUGCAUACAAAUCCGAUAUUAUUACGUUCAAUAACUGUCCACUUUGUCAUCAAAUCAUUGAUAACAAGCAAUCGAUGAGAUAA